GUGGAGCCUGUGGGUGUUUUGGUGUGAGGAAGAAGUGAAAAAGAGAGAAAAUGAUCACCACAUAAGCUUUUUCCUGACAUUUUAACGAUGAGUUCGUAUAAGAGAAACAAACCUCCAGGCGGAUUUAAGACUUACGUUGACUUUGUCGAGUUUGAAGAGAGACCCAUUGAUGUUCCUGAAGAAAUUGUUGAGGUGAAGGCUGAGCCAGAACUUCUCCCAGGAGAAAUUGUGAUAGCAGAAGCUAAUAAUGUGCUGAAGUUUGCUCCUCUGAAGACCAACAAAACAGGAAUCUCUGGCACCUUGUUCAUAACCAACUUCAAAGUUUCUUUCGUUACUUCUCUUCCAGUUGACACAAAGGAGGCUGAGCUGCACGAAAGAAGCCUUCAAAACCAUUUUCUUAACGUGCACGAUGUGUGCCUCUCUGAAGUCGAUUCAGUAAAUCAAUUUUCUGAAGGAUCAACAAAAAAGAAACGAUUAUUUUACAAUGCUCCUUUGCCUCCGAGACUCUCAGGGUUACAGUUAGUUCUUAAGAACCUUCGCAUCAUAAACUUCAGCUUCAAGUUCACCCCAGCAGGUGAAGACCUAAGAGUGACACAAGCUCUUCUACAUCAUGCCUUCCCACCCACCAUAGAUCAUCUUUUCCUCUCAUGUGGCCACCCUCCACCUUCACCUGGCAUCCCAGACUUCUGUGUGGCUCAAGACUGGGAGAGAGAACUGCACCGAACACGCUGUCCUAACUGGAGGGUUUCUAAGCAUAAUGAGUUCUUCAACCUUUGUUCCUCAUUGCCAGCAGUGGUGGUGGUUCCACGUGAUCUUCUAGAUGCUCAGUUAGAUGAAGCAGCACAACAUUUUCAAGGCACACGUCCUCCUGUGUGGUGUUGGGGUUCUUUGGCUGGAGCAGCGUUAGUUCGCAUGGCACAGAUCUCCCCUAGUAUUACAGAUAAGAUGUCGGUGACAAAAUCUAUGGGAACUUUGAAGAGAAGAAAGCUGGAGGAAGUGUGCCAACAGCAGGAGAAUAGGAUGAUGGGGUUGGUACACCGUUGUCACCCAAAGAAACUGCAGCCAACGAUACUCGAUCUCGACCAAAUGUUACCCUCCUUAAAAGACAUUCAGAUCUCUUAUAUGAAGCUAAGAGAACUACACACCCCAGGUGAGUCCAUACUGAUCUUAGACCCGUACAAUUUGGGAGAGGAUCGUCACAAAUUUCAGCGAGGAGCUUCAAGAUGGGUUUUUCAGUUACAAGUGUCUUUAAAGAGUGAAGGGCGUGACCUUGGUGCUGUUAUAUCAAGCUUAGUACAGUUACUUCUGGAUCCUCAUGUGCGCACUAUACGAGGUUUUCACUGCCUUGUCCAGAAAGAAUGGGUGGCUUUGGGUCAUCCUUUCUCCACCCGCCUUGGUCAUACCAGGAAUCAAAUAGAAGAACAGAGUCCAUUGUGGUUGUUAUUUCUGGAUUGUGUGUACCAAGUGAGCCUGCAGCACCAUGCUUCCCUGGAGUUUACAUCGGAGUAUCUUGUGGCUCUCUGGCAUGCCGCUUUUUGCUCACUCCACUCCAGUUUCAUGUUCAAUUCUAUCAGUGCUAAAUACACUGCCACUGCUGUGUUGCAACGAGAAAAUCCGCAUCAGCCUAUUUAUCUACGUCCCGUUUGGUCUUGGUGGGCAGAGAGUCAGAGUCUUUUAGUAAGUGAACAAAAUGGAACAUCAGAAAACUGUUUGGGGAAAAAACAUUCCCGAGAAGCUUUCCUUAAUGUGCAUUACAUUCAAAGUUUACUCGAGUCUUUAUCAGCGACUGGUGCCCUUAGGAGGAUCAGAGAUCCACUCUCUAGUGCAUAUCACACUUGGCAUCGAAUUAAAUUCCUAUUUGAAAGUUCAGGAACUCUGCCAUUUGAUUCCAGCUGUCCAGUUGCUUCAUUGCAGUUGGACACUCCUUUGAGGAUAGACGUGUCCUUAAGCAGUCUCAAGCCCUGGAAAGACUGCUUCUGUGCUUGGCUCACAGAACCAGCGACUUUAACGUUGAAUGAAUCAGAAUCACUAUUAAAACGCUCCCCUCCUAAUUCUCAACAUUGGAAACAUCUUUACCAAAUAUACAACACUCUUAAGGGUCACCUGUCAGACAGCUUAACCAAUGGUACACUUAAAUAAACACGUAGUGAAAGUGGUAGGGUGUUAUUGUGUGACAAACCAUUUAUCCUGUGAAAAAAAGGCUUUAAUUCUAAUUGGUACAUUAAGUCAUUGAUUUUGUUAUUAAAAAUGUACAACUUUAUGAAAGAGUAUAAUAUUUUUUUUAUUGUUGUUGAUGAAAGUCAUGGUUGCUCAGAGAUUACUAAAAUUCAUAGCUACACUUGACAGAUAUAAACAGUGAGUUCUUCCUCUCUGUGGCAGAGAAGUGUAUUUUUUGUAUGUAAAUGUAGGAUAUUUUAUACUGGUAAUAAUGGUAGAAUUACCGUCAAAAAUGUUGGGUAAAUGGACACGGGUGCAACUAAUGCGACAAUUUAUUGUGGCAAUGUUUUUGUUCUCCAGGAGCAAAUUAUUAUUGUAAUUAGAUAAAGUGCUAAACCGACAAGGGUUCCAGGAGCAAAACAUUGCCACAAUAACGCUACGGGAGACAUUUUUUUUUUUUUUUUCCAACAAACCAGCCGUAUCCCACUGAGGCAGGGUUGCCCAAAAAGAAAAACAAAAGUUUCUCUUUUCAAAUUUAGUAAUUUAUACAGGAGAAGGGGUUACUAGCCCCUUGCUCCCGGCAUUUUAGUCACCUCUUACAACACGCAUGGCUUACGGAGGAAGAAUUCUGUUCCACCUCCCCAUGGAGAUAAGAGGAAAUAAACAAGAACAAGAACUAGAAAGAAAAUAGCAGAAAACCCAGAGGGGUGUGUAUAUAUAUGCUUGUACAUGUAUGUGUAGUGUGACCUAAGUGCAAGUAGAAGUAGCAAGAUGUACCUGAAAUCUUUCAUGUUUAUGAGACAGAAAAGAGGACACCAGCAAUCCUACCAUCAUGUAAAACAAUUACAGGCUUUCAUUUUACACUCGCUUGACAGGACAGUAGUACCUCCCUGGGCGGUUGCUGUCUACCAAUCUACUACCUAGAGACACGUUAUUAUUUUUUAUUAACACAUCAGCUGUUUCCCACCAAGGCAGGGUGACCCAAAAAAGAAACACUUUCAUCAGUAUUCACUCCGGAAACAUUGCCAUAAGAAAUUGUAGCAUUCAUUGUAUCUGUGUCCAUUUACUGAAUAUUUUAUACUGUAUGUGCUUCAUAGAUAGCUUGAACAAAUUCCUUUGCAGUCACAUUUCAAGGAGUAGAUUUGUUGUUCAAACUUAUUUAUGGGAUUUGAUUUUGGUGUUUGGUAAUAUGAUCUCAGUUUUCAAAUAUUUAGGUAUAAGCAUUUAGAGACUGCAUUAUUAUGGAGACAAUAAUUAUAUCCCUCUGAUUGUUAUUGUUAUCUAAUUUGCAGUCACAAAUGUGUAGUCACUUCUAAGUUCCUCUCUUUGUUUGGAAUUAAGUUUAUGUGGGUUUAACUGUAUAGACCCCAAGUAUAUAUUUUACAGUUAUAUUUGCCCCCCUUUUUCAGAUGUGUAAUCUGCAUAGACUACAUAGUUCUUACUGUAUUUGGAAUUCAAUUUUUGAAGUCAUAGUUAUUUCUUUGCAUAAUGUGAAGAGGUUUCAUCCGUAACCAUGGCUACCAUGAUCUUCCAGGCUUCGAAAAUUACGAAUUUUGCUUUCUCUCAAAAAUGGGUGAAAUAGUAGUACAGAACAAGAUUUGCUUUACACAAAUAACCUGUACAUAAAAGAGAGAAGCUUACGACGACGUUUCGGUCCGACUUGGACCGAAACGUCGCCGUAAGCUUCUCUCUUUUAUGUGCGGGUUAUUUGUGUAUCGUUCCAGUCACGGUAUUGUGCCUUUCUUUGUUAUUUCAAGAUUUGCUUAUUAUUUUUUUUUCCAAGCACAUGUCCCUAUUAAUAACCCUGUGAAAUAAAUGUAACUAAAAUUUGCAUAUUAAUACUGUCAUAGUUGGAGGUGUUCUGUACCAUGAACCAUAUAUUAAGUCUUCCUAUUUUCUUGUUAAAAUUUUAAAAACUUUACAUGCUAAUGGUCAGUAAUAAUGUCAGAUUUUUUAUUGUGAUUUAUAUAUCGUUUAAUCUUACUGACAGUGGUGUAAAUUAUUUUAGUUAAUUGAUCAUAGUGUUAACUUAAUUUUGUGCAUUGGUAAAUAUGUUGAUAAUUGGCUUAAGUUUCAUAGUAAGUAUGAAAUGAGUUGGAUGUAUAGACUUUAAAAUAUUUUUAAACUAAAAUAUAUUUCUGAUGUAGUUCAAAAAUGUUUUUAUGGAAAACAACAUAAUUUUUAAAGGAUAAAGUCAUACAGUGGCCAGAACAAUUGACCAAAAACCCACACUUAUGAGAGGCUCCUCAUGAUGGUAUUUUAGGCCAUCCUGGUUCAUCGUGACUUUACGGUGGUACAGGAUGGACCAAAAUGUCCCCUAAUUUUCCCUCUCCUAAGUCCUAACUUUGUUGAAUAUAAUUUAUUAAUUUGAUAAUGAUUCUUAAGUUAAAUGAUAAGAAUAUUAACUAAUACUCUAGAAAAGAAAAAGUUUUAUCUGCUCAUAAAAAAUAGUUGUUUUGAAUACAAUUGUUAAAAGAUCUACACUGUAAAACUAUUGUUUGUGCAUUAUUAGCUAUCCAUCUUUACCUGUUGUUAGUUAUUGCAAUCAUAUUUUUUACUUUUUUACUAGCAAGUUUAAUGAUAACGAAGCUAUAUUUGAUAGCUGCAUUUCAUUUAUAGCAGUAAUUUUAAUUAUACUCUAAACAUCUGAGGAUUGAGUUUAAUCAGAGGAUGUACAUAUAGGCAUACCUCAGUGUACACUGCCCACUCACCCGAUACACUGAACUCAUGGGGAUAUAAUCUGACCAAUACCACCUUUAAAUUUGUUAUUCGGCCCCACUGAUAAUUUCUUAAUAAUGAACAAAGGAAACCGAGUAGGGAUUGUUUGGGUGUAAGCAGUCUCCUCUCGCAAAUGUCUCCACCUUCUUGAAUAUUUGUGCUUGCUGGAGCUGUCAUUGAGCAGAAAUAAUUAAAGUGGGUGACUACACAGCAUCAAGUGUUGUAUUGUGUUCAUGAAAUACUGAAAAUGCACCUUUUGCCCUUCAUGGGGAAUUUCUUGUCACUGGUGAGGUACUCUUAAUCUGGCAAAUUGGAAUUACAGGAGGACCCCUCUUAUACAGCAGGUUAGGUUCCAGGCAGCUGCUGCUGUAAAGUGAAACAUAACCUUUUUUUCCUUUUAAAGCAUAUAAAAGCCUGAUAUAUUUACAGUAUCAUAUAUUAAAUGAGCAAUAGAGCUAGGCCUAAAAAAUUCAUAUACAGUACACACAUUUAAAAUAUUUUCAUUCUUAGCUUAUAGUGAGUGGUGAAUAUAUUUAUUGUACAAAGUCUGAAUAAAUGAAAAAUGGGUAUUCUGAAACCCCAUAAGGCAAAGUGCUGUAAAGCGGAGCUCUCCUGUACCCUUCUUUUGUAUUAAAUCUUAAUACCUCCCAUUUCCUAGGUGCAGUGUGACUCCUGAGUUUACCGCUUCCCACAAAUAUAAUUAUAAUAACUUAGUACUGUUCAUCAGAGCUGUUCUUCUAGGUUAAGUGCUAGUAUGAUUAUAUUUUUGUUCACCAGAGCCCUGUAUCACACAUUUCCCUCUCAUCUCCUGCUAAGAUGUACAGCAUUCUGUUUUGAUGGAAGUAAUUGGAGAAGCUGAUAUGCACAGCAGCUAGCUUAGUGUGGCUGGUGUACAAUGGGCUCCAACUUAUGAUGUUAAUGCUUUCUAGAAAAUUCAUUGGAAAUUGACUGUUUGGUUCUCGUAACUUAUUUUUCCACAAAAACAAAUGUUACAAUUGAAGAUGCGUUCCAGGGCCGUAUUAUUGAUUAACUAAUAUCAGUUAAUUUUUUCCAAAUUUUUUUAUCAGUUAUUUUACAUUCAGUACUGCUCCUUUUCACUUGUAAAUCGUAAUAGUAUUAAGCAUUGUUUAAUUAAUUAAACAGAAUCGAGCUACAAUACGGCAUACUGUAUGGUGAAGUACAGAUGUGUAGAGGUGGGCCACAGCUGGACUACCUCCCUCUCAUUCUCAAUCUCCUAUUCACUUCCUCUCUUUUGCAUUAUAUCUCUCACAUAUACUCUCCAUAUCCUCACUGCUAUGGCUGAGUGCUUUGGGAGGAAUGGGGUUGAUGUGUAUGUGGGCAGGCAGCAACUGGGCUGCCUCCCUCUUUCUCACUUUUACCCUCUCUCUAACUUAGCUCUUUACAUAUGCUUCUCUCUCCCUCAUUGUUAUGGUGAGGGUCAAUGUACCUGAACAUGUAGUGAGGGCAGUAAAGUGGAACUGCUGCUCUUCCACACAUCAUUAGCUGAAGUACCAGACAGCUACCACAGAAUGUGCAGUAAUUUAAUUGUCAUUCUUAUUGCAUCUCUUGUCAAAAAAAAAUUGAACAUACUAAAUAUUAGUGCAUUUGGUAAAGAAUCUAACCCCCCUAAAAAAAAAAAAGUUAUGAAAAUUUUAAAUAUUAAAUCGACAAUUUUUUUUUAACCAGUCUACUAAAAUGUGUGCUCUCUAUAUAGUCUU